CAGUAUUUUACUGCAGUAUGUUUGAUUAUAAUACCAUACCUACCUAUUUAUUCGAUAAUUGAGUAGGUAUCGUUUUUGUGUGGAAAGUGUGAUUCAGAAAAUAUAUAUGUAAGAGUUGGUAGAAGCACUCAAUGAUAGAAAUGGGAAAAGUUUACUUGUUGCCAAUUGCGAUUUUUAUUUGGUUUCCCGUAACCGUAAUAGCAACGUACGUUAUGUCGGUUUUACGAAGAGACGUCAACCCAAUCUUUCCCUACAUAAGCGACACUGGAACGUUUUCACCGGAGAGUUGUAUUUUUGGCCAGAUGCUGAACACUGGGGCUAUUCUUAUUGCUAUCCUUGUGUACAUCCGAUAUAGACACGUAAGGCUUUUGUGCGAAAGACACUCGCUAAGUACUAAAAUCAAGAAGGGCAAUACGAUUUCGACGUGGACAGGCGUCUUAUCCUGUAUCGGAAUUUCGCUGGUAGGCAAUUUUCAAGAGACCAAUAUUUUGUUGGUACAUUUAUUUGGAGCAAUUUUAGCUUUUGUCUUUGGAUCCAUUUGGCAAUGUUGUCAGACUUGGAUAUCGCAUAAAAUAUAUCCCCACGCAGGCCAAAUAAUAAUCAAUAGAGGAAGAAUAGUUUCAUCAAUAAUAUGCAUUGCCUGUUGCAUAGGAACAUUUGGUUGUGGAGUAAUUUCCAUAGUUCAAUUUCAAGGUCGUGACGUUACAAAAUGGACAAAGACAGACGGCGGAUAUUACUGGCAUAUCUCAAGCACAAUUAACGAAUGGAUAUUGGCCGUCUCGUUUUUGACAUUUAUAAGCAGCUUUAGUUGGGAGUUUCGACAUAUAGAUAUUCAUGAACCAGAAAUCGAUAUUUGCCAAUAAACUCCAUGCAAUACUACCGACAGUGAAUGACUUGUAUAUAGUAGGUUUGACAAAUCUUUUUUAAGUAACUACCUGUACCUACUCAAUAAAUGUGCGAUUUGAAAAUCA